AUUUUAAAAAAUUACCGCAGAAUGCGAGGAGCGAGAGAAUAAAUCUAUGACGUCAUUGUACAUAUUUCGAGAGUAAAAUGAUGAAUUCUAUAUUUGUUUGCAUUGAGAAAAAAAAGUAUUUUAAAAAAUCUCAAGAUAUUAUUAACUGAAACACAUGCAAAAAAAGGAACUCCAUAACUCAAAAGCGUUUUCCAAAACAAAAACUAACUAUACGACCUUGGAACUCGUUUGGUACCUCUUAUUGUUGAUGUCCAACACAACUGUGCUUCAUGGAGGAAACCAACAUUAAUAACUCUAUUUCAAAAAUUUACUCACUAUUUUCAUGUUCAACAACAGAUCAGAAAAUAAGUAUUGAAGAUACAAAUAAAAACUGGCACUGGACUAAUCUUCACAAAGUAAUGAAACAUGUGAAAAAUUUAGUUCAACCUUUUUGUCUUCAUAAAGCUAAAAGGAAAAGUAUGGAACAGGCCUACAAAAGCUUGUUUUUAAUCAUGCUUUCUGGUACUUUUAUAUAGAAUGUCUGCCAGUGGAUUUCAAACUGUCGCCAUCUCUACUCCCACCACCCCUGUUACAUCCUCUAACACAUUAGAAAAUUCCACCUCUGAUCCUGAUUUAUCCAGCCAAGAAAGAUCUGUAAAUCAACUAGCCACGCACAUGCUUCUAAAAAGAGAAAAUUCUCCCGAUGUAUCCAGUCCAGGAUAUAUUGUUGAGUCUGCACAUGGCCAUUCUCAGUCAAUUUCACAGAGUAUUGAUGCAGAUUAUAACUCAAAUUCCUUCAACUUUUCAUAUGAUGGGAGCUUUUCUUUAUCUCCUCAGCACAGUGUGGACAUGAAGGAUCUAGAAAAAAAUGAUGCUUCCAGUGUCAUAUUGUCUGGACAAUCCUCUUUGUCAACUGGCUCUAAUGCAAGCCCUAAGUCUUUCAUGGCCCUUAGUAUAAAUGAAACCAAAAAUGAUAAAAUGAUCUCUGGAUUUGAUGGUCGGGUGGAUGGGCUAUCACCUUUGUCGGUGAUAGCUGUUUCUGCUUACCAAGAUGCUGGUCAUCCUAGUCCAAAUGUACCAAGCAGUAUGCUAUCCAGGACUCAUGUGCUGCGUUUCCACCCUGGUAGUGACACUAUGCUUAGUGCUUUAAAUUACACCGAAAGCGAUAUGCUUCAGGAGGGAGGGUUUGAUGUCCCUUCCUCUCAUACUUUCAGCACUUUGGAUGGCUUGCUUGGUACUGCCACUGCCCCUGGUAUGCGUCUGCCAGAUUUACUUGAUGGUGAAAUAAAUCAGGAAGCAUAUAUUGAAGCUGGUCAAGAAUUACAGCUGUCUCCUCAAACUUUUCCUUCCGCUAAUGAUGCCUUUGCUGUGAGAGAAAAUUCUCCACUUACUGGGCUUAGUGAUAAUACUUUGAUUAAAGCAGAGAUCAAGAACAAAGUCACUGAAAAUGCUUCAACUACUCUAGUAGUAGACAAAUUGAAAGUUAAAGCUCGCCCUGUCAAAGCUACUUCUCCUAAUAGACCAGGAACUCAACCUUGUCCUACUUGUGGUAAAGUAUUUAGCAACUCCAGUGCUCUAACUAAGCACAAAUUAACCCACAGUGAUGAAAGGAAAUAUGUUUGCCAGCUUUGUGCCAAAGCUUUUAAGCGCCAGGAUCAUUUGAAUGGUCACAUGCUUACUCACCGAAACAAAAAACCUUUUGAGUGUGAUGCUGAAGGUUGUGGAAAGAGCUAUUGUGAUGCGAGAUCUCUAAGAAGACAUAAAGAAAACCAUCAUUCCAACACAUCAUCCAGUCUGUCAACAUCCAUAAGCAAUCAGGUGUCUGUGAUACCUGGUCUAGCCCAUUUGGGUUUUAAUGUGCAAUCAUCUUUCCCAGCUAGUGUAAUUACAAGUAGUUCAAGUCCUGCUUUUUCAGAAGCUUCUUUGGUUAACAGAAUACAAUAUGCACCACCACCUCCAUCGGCGACUACAUCUCUCGUCACACGUGUUACUUCUACUAAUUCUGAAAGUACUUCUCGAACAGCGGCUAGCUCUAUUGUUAGUUCUGUCUUACCUACAGCUACUUCCCACUUACAGUUUUUAACAUUCCAACAGCAGUCAAAGAACCAACAGGGUACAUCACCAAAGAAUAUUACCAAAUCAGAAAGUAAUUCUGUUUCUUCGUGGCAACCACAGACAAUCAACACGGGUGCUUUGCUUCUAACCCAAAAUUUCGGAGCUUCUCAAUCACUAAAUCAAACACAAUCAGCGUUGAUAUCAAGAAGCUUUGAAGCAUCUAAUGGAGAACAAGGAAAUUCAUCAGGGUCAGAGCUUUCUCAAUCACAGUUGCUCUCAAUAAAACAAGAGCCUAAAAAAGUCGAUGGGUCUCAAGAUUCAAGAGAACAGAUUUCUCUUGAAGAAGCUGUGUUGUCUGAGGCUUGCUUUGAAGUUGUAAAUUCUUCAACUGGAGCUAAGCAGAUUGUUGCCCUCACACCACAAGGGUCCAUGAACUUGCAGUUUGAAUCAGCUCCUGGUACUGUUGUUCGUAUACAAGAUGGAGAUUCUCUGUAUUCACGUUCAUCUAUGCAAAUCGUAAAAAUUGAACCUUCUGAUCAAAGUAACACAAACUCUGUUCCAACAACACCCACAGUGAAAGAAACCACUAAUGGAUCUCAAAUUGAGAGCCCAUUGCUCCAGCAACUUCUUAAUCUUAAGCAGCAUAGUGAUGUUAACUCAACAAGCAUUUCCAAUACCCGAUCGGAGCAUACUUACUUAACCUCAUUGCAAGAACAACAAAAGCAAGUAAAUUCCAAUCAACAGUCAGUUCUAAUGACUUCAUGGUCUCAGGUACCAUUUGCGGGUACUAAUGCAAACUCAUCUUCAAGAUUCAGUGCUCAGGAUCCCAAACCAGUUGAGUGUAGUCUGUGCCAAAGAAAAUUUAAAAACAUUCCUGCUUUGAAUGGACACAUGAGACUCCAUGGUGGAUACUUUAAAAAGGAAAAUGAAGCCAAAAAGAAUGAAAAGAAAGUUACUAAUCAAACCCAUCAUCCACCAUUACAAACAGCAAGCACAAAUGUUAGGGCACUUAUUGAGGAAAAAAUUAAUCAAAAAAGAAACUUUUUGCCUCAGAACUCAAUGCAAAAUCAAACAAUAACUACCAGUCAAGCUCAGACAUUUGAUUUUCAAAUAGCACAAUUAACUAAUCAGCAAGAAAAUACAAAUGUCAUUACCCAGGCUCCUCCUAUUCUUGGUUCAAAUUCUCAAGAGACUACUGAUUUUAAUAAUUUUCCUGAUUCUAGUCAAGCAUCUGAUCUCAAUUCUUUAACAGAUAAUUUUAAUUUGCAAACAAGUGAUAUAUUUAAAAAACUAAACCUAAAAGAACAAUUUCGAGUACCUCAUCCCCCCAUCGAAAAGCACCGACGACAUUCAGACUCGGAUCAUUUUAUACUUCCUAAACGCCCUUGUACAACAUUUACAACUAGUGCUCUAGCUGAUUUGUUGCGCAAUAGGGUUGUUGCUAAACGCACAUGUAGGACUGGAUCUGAUCCUGGUGAAUCACUUAAUAUGGACACAUCGUUUUCAGAUUUUGCUGAUUCUCUUUCAACAAUGUCUGUGAAUGAAUUGUCCAAAUUCCAAUCCCUUGAAACCUCAUCUUUGACUAGUGCCAUUGACGAUGCUGCUAAUGAGUUGCAUCAUCACAAUCUUACUGCCAUAACGCCAGAAGGUACUGCCUUGCCAGUCUUGUCUGCUGAAGAUAUACCAGAAGCUCAGCCAAUGAUUAUGAAUAUGAGAGAUAUAUCUGAAUUAGAUACUCAAUGUCUGGAGCGCAAUGUGUUUUUUGAUGGAUCAAGCAAUGAUUUAGGAGUUGGACAAACUUUUCCAGAUAUCUCAGUUAGUGAGCUUGAAAUGAUGCAAUUUGCUUCUAUAGUUACAUCUUCAGCCGCUCUUCCUACAGAAAUCAAACCUGUUAAUGGGGAUAAGAUAAAAACUGGUGAUGAUAGCAACGAUGAUGAUGUCUUUUUAAGUCCUACCAGUCUUCCUACAAGUCCUAUGAAACUCAAAAAGAAGCGUAGACCUGAGCCAUUAUAUAUUCCUCCUUAUGUGAACACUUGUGGUUAUACUAGUAGACUUCGCUCACCCCGCUUGUGGGAUCCCUCUAAUCCAGACCACAAGAAACUCAGUCCUCCUCCAUAUACUCCUCCACCAAUGCUUAGUCCAGUACGAAGUGGCUCUGGUUUAUUUUGGCACAUUCUCAGUGGAUCUGGUAGUUUGACUCCCAAAUCUGCUCCAAUAACUCCAAGCUUCGGAUUAAGCCAUAAAAUGAGUGUGGGAGAAUGUACACCAGAAGUUGAAGAAGAUAUAACCGAAGCACCUGAAUCUGAUAUACUUCCGCAUGUAAAUAUUGGCUCUAAUUAUCAAGCAAAAAUACCACCUUUUAAUCCGAAUUUCAAGGAUGCACUGCUUGUAAAACAUAAAGCUGAUAAAGUUUGGGAUCCUUCUACUAUGGAUUCUCUUUCUGAAGAAGAAGUCGAGAUGUAUUUAGAACUAUCCUGCUCUGCAGUUGUUCCUGGUGGUGGAAGAAAUAAGGAGUAUGCAUUGCAUUUGCUUCAGAUGUGUAAAGGAAAAAUUAAAGAUGCAAUUCUAAGCUUAAUGGAUACUGGCCCAAAACUGUCACCGAAGCAUCCACUUUUAACCUUUCAGUAUUCAGAAAAUGAUCAAUGGAGCCCAGAAGAAAUUGAAGCUUAUCAUCAAGGACUACUUAGAUGUGACAAAGAUUUCUUCAGUAUUGCCAAAGAUAUUCCAACAAAAUCUGUUAAGCAGUGUAUUCAGUUUUAUUAUUUGUGGAAAAAAGUUUGUCCUGAUGAAUAUAAGAGAAUCAGGCUUAUUCGAAGAAGAAAGGAACAAGAAAGUCUUUAUUAUAAUUUAAGGUCCAAAGAAGAUAUGCAGGAGAAUGAGGAAAAAAAUAAAAGAAAUCCAUCUCCUCCUACUGUUAAUGGUCGAAAAAAUGCAGAGGAAUCAUCGGAAAAACAUAUUACUGUUAAUGGAACAGCUUCUGAAGUUAAGACAUGUUUUACCACAACAGCAUCGUCUUAUUCUACUUCUACUUACAAUGGAACUGGAAUUACCUCGACCUAUGAAUUCACUCCAGAACCUUUAGAAAAAUUUCCAUGUAAAAUCUGUGGCAAAAUAUUUAAUAAAGUGAAGAGUCGCAGUGCGCACAUGAAGAGCCAUAGACAACCGGAUAGUGACAAGAAGAACAAGUAUGAUAGUUGAAUGGAACUUUUUUUAAGAUACAUAUAUAUAUAUAUAUAUAUAAAUAUAUUUAUCAAUUUGUAUUCCACAUUGUUGGGAAAAAAAUCAUGAAUGUCCUAGAGUCAUUCGAUAUUGAAUAUUUGCUCAUUUUGUAUUGUUGCCAAGAUUUUAAAAUACUGCAGGUUUGGGGCUGUGCUCAGAUCAAAAAUAAAAACUUGCCUUCUUUUGCCUCAAUACCUUUGUUCAUCUAUAAGGUGUAUUUUGUUACAGAAAAAGAGUUUUAGUAUGUAUUCAAUCUUUAUAAUAAUUAAACAAUUCAUUAUCUCAUCUUAAAAAUAUUCUUAGUAAGUGGCAAUAUUAUAUUUAUUUGCUAAGAUAAUAUUAUAAAUAACGUUAUAUAUUUUAAUAAGUAUACAAAUCAUAUGCUUGUAUACUGAAACCGUCCUAAGAGUUUUGGUGCCAAAUUUAUUUUAAGUUAUUUGCCAUUUCAAUACUUCUGCAAUGAAGCCAAUUUGUUUGUUAUCGCAAUUAGAUUUUAAUAUUUAGUUUUGAUGGUUUUUCAAAAUCAAAAAACUUUUCUUGUGGCUCAGUGAAAUAAUAAUUACUAAUUUUCAUGGAGAGGGAAUUGAAAACUUUGGAAAAAAUAUUUUUUAUUGGUCAAUUUAGCCACAAAUUUAUUUAAAUAAUCUAUUUCAGAGAAUAAUUCUAUAUUAUAAUACUAUAUUCGAUAAUUAAUAUACUAUACUAUAUUCUAUAAUUAAAAUUAUACUGUAUGAGUUACAAUGUUUGGCUUUAGUUUAAAAAUCUAUGGAUGAUUAAAAAAUUUUAUUAUAUCAGGGAUGAUACAGCUGUGACAAUUGCAACAAAAUGUACCAAAACAUAUUUUUUGCACUAAGCUGUGAAAAUGUUUGCUGAAAUCGAAACUAACUUUGAAAACAAAACUAGCUUAUCUCUGGAAAAUCUGCAGUGUCCAUUGUGUGGAGUUUGUGGUGCGUGGUUUAAAAUCUUUUUUUUUUCCCAUUGUUAUCUGUUUAUUUUAGUUAUUGGCAGGGAUGAUUGUGUUCUGUUUCAAAAAGCCUGCAAUAUCCGCAGAUUUAAGUUUUUUGUCCUAUAGAUUUUUAAGGAAAAAACUCAUCCUCAUUAUUUUAUCUGCAACG